CCACCCGAUUCACAAACCCACUUUGGACCGGCCGCAUCGAUCCGUCCCGUUUAUUUCACGGCGAGCAGAUCGAAAGCGCGCACGAGGUAGACGACGCCAGGCCACGCAGCAGAGAGCGCGCGCGCCGUCCGCCUCUCGUGUCGUGCCCCCCGCGCGCGUUCCGGGCAGGUCGAUCGGUCGGAUGGACUCCUCCGGCGGCGACCCGUACAGGUCUCACCUGGCCGGCGACGGCGAGAAGGACACCGUGUGGCGCCACGGCGCGCCGCCGACGUACGACGCUGUGAACGCCCUCUUCGAGGCCGAGCGCACGCAGGAGUGGCCGGCGGGCUCGCUGGAGGAGGUGGUGCAGAACGCGGUGAAGACGUGGGAGAUGGAGCUGUCGCACAAGGCGCGGCUGUCGGACUUCAAGUCGGUGAGCCCGGGGCGCUUCACCCUCUCCGUGAACGGCGGCCGCGCGCGGGGCGGGGAGGAGACGCUGGCCGUGGGCAGCUACAACGCGCUGCUGGCCGGCAGCCCGCUCCUGGCGGCCGCGGGCGCGUACGACGCCGCGGCCGAGACGUUCGCGUCCUCGCACGACCUGUUCCGCGCCGCGUUCCCGCGCGGGUUCGCGUGGGAGGUGCUCAGGGUGUACUCCGGCCCGCCGGUGAUCGCCUUCAAGUUCCGGCACUGGGGGCACAUGGAGGGGCCCUACAAGGGCCGCGCCGCCACCGGCGAGAAGGUCGAGUUCCACGGCGUCGCCGUCCUCAAGGUGGACGAGCAGCUGCGGGCGGAGGACGUGGAGGUGUACUACGACCCGGGCGAGCUUUUGGGUGGCCUCCUCAAGGGCCCCAAAGUGGAGUCGUCCGAGGAGGAUCGCGGCGAGGUGGCGCUCGCCGAGAGGCUCGGCGAGGCCGCUGCCGUGUCGGCGUCAGGUGCCGACCCGCCACCGCGAGCCUGCCCUUUUCUCAGCACCGGGAAGCCGGAGUGAUCGCUCAACCAAGAUGGCUGCCCUGGCGACUGAAAACGUGAACCUCGCCGUGGUACUGCACUGAAUUAAUUGCUGUUUCGUGAUCGGAAGAGAUUUGGAGUCCUCCUGGGAAGCAGAACAGGUCUGAAAGUGAAGUUGAUCGUGUACUUCGUGUAUUUGUCUAUUCGUUCAACAGAAAACGAGAAGUUUUUUUUUUUGCGAAAACAGAAAUGAGAGAAGUUGGUCAUGUAGUGCUAGUGGUAGUGGUUGUUGAAUUGAUUGCUCGUUUUCUUGUUGGAAGGCUUCGCCUUGGCUUAGUUGAAUACCAGCAAUAAUA